AUGACAUCAUCAAUGGAGAAGUCAAAGUUCAAGACUGUCCAAGAGGUGAUUGCAACCGGCGAAGGAAUACCGGAAAGGUACCUCUACAAACACACCGACGACAGCGAAGGUCAAACUCUUAAUGUUCCCGUGCCAGAAAUUCUGACCAUAGAUAUUCCGACCAUAGAUCUUCAUAGUCUCCUCUCUUCUUCUGAUGAUGGUCGAGAAGAGUUGAGUAAACUUCACUCCGCGCUCUCUACAUGGGGCGUUUUUCAGGCGAUGAAUCAUGGAAUCACAGAAGCGUUUCUGGACAAGAUUUAUGAGUUAACUAAGCAGUUCUUUGCGCUUCCGACCGAAGAGAAACAGAAGUACGCAAGAGAGAUUGAUGGUUAUCAAGGAUAUGGAAACGACAUGAUACUGACGGACGAUCAAGUUCUCGAUUGGAACGACCGCUUGGACCUCCUUGCUUAUCCUGAAGAUCAACGCCAGCUUAAAUUCUGGCCUGAAAUCCCGGUCGAAUUCAGGUAA